GUGAUUCUGAAUGAAACGAACGUACUGCUCGUGCGUCGUGGCAUGCACUGAUGCAGGUUUCAGCGGGCAUGCUGGCGGGCCCAGUUCGCGUCCUCCUUCCUAUACUCUAAUACUCGUGGCAGCAUACUCAAGAGAGGCCUCUUUUUCCUGAAUUCCCUGCAACAUCGGUUCAAGAACUUGCGUUGGACUCUUCCUCAAAAUUUAGGGUUUCUUGUCUUGGAGUAGCCGAGGCAGGUGGGCAGGCGACCCUGACCAGUCUAUGAUCCAUCUGCAUCGGCUGCGCGCAAGGAUGGCGGAAGCCACUGCGUCGGCGUGCAAGGCGACCUCUGCUGCGGCCGAGGCUCCACCAGGGCGGGCCGGCCCGCAAAUGGCCGCGGGUGGCCCGGCCGCUGAGGCCGUCUCUAUGGCUGCGGCAGAGCCAGAGCUGCUGGCCCAGCCCUCUGAAAUGGACUCUUCGGGAAUCAGUUGGGUUCAGAAGUGGACGAGGUGGCGGCCAACAUCCGAGAAGGAGCUUCUGAGGGCGGAGCAGAAACUGUUCACAUUGGUCAAGACCCCAGUGCGACAAUUCCAUGUGCCAGUCCCUCCGCCCCUCCCGCUGCAGUCAAAACUUCUUUCCCCCAGCUCAUGGUUCAGGGAACGCAACCCCACCUAUCAAAUGCGGACCGCCACGAUAGACUCCUCUAAUCCCUCCGCGCCAACUCUUGUUGUCACCCAUGGUUACGGAGCCGCCCUUGGCUUCUACUUCAGGAACUUUGACGUCCUUGGCAAGUAUUUCAAGGUACACGCAGUGGACAUGCUUGGGUGGGGAGCUUCUAGCCGGCCAGAGUUCACACCAAGGACAACAGAAGAGACGGAAGCUUUCUUCAUCGACUCCCUGGAAGAGUGGCGGAAGGCGAUGAAGAUCGACAAGAUGGUGCUCAUGGGGCACUCCUUUGGGGGAUACAUGUCCGCCCAAUAUGCGCUCAAGUACCCCGAGAACAUCCAGCACCUCAUUCUAGUUGGGUGUGCCGGCGUGGGCCAUGCGGGCGAGACGCUGGAAAACUUCAAGAAGACCUGGAAGGGAUCCCUAUCCAAUUUCAUCUGGGAGCGGAAUGUCACACCGCAGGGCUUCAUCAGGUCAAUCGGCCCCAUGGGCCCACGCUUUGUGCGCGGCUACACGAGCGUACGCUUUGGGAGCCGCGCGCAGGGGGAGCCCUUCACGGAAGAAGAGCGGCAGCUGUUCACCGAGUACAUGUACCAUACCAUUGCGGCGCGCGGGAGCGGCGAGCUCGCGCUGAAGCACAUCUUCCAGCUGGGGGCAUAUGCUAGGCAGCCGCUUCUUGACAAAGUGGCCGAGUUGAAAGUACCGACGACAUUCAUUUACGGCAUGCAAGACUGGAUGGACUACCGGGCUGGCGAGUUGGCGACCAAACUGAUGACCGUUCCUUCAGAAGUCAUCCGAGUACCAACGGCGGGGCACUAUGUGUUCAUGGACAACGCACCGGGUUUCCAUGCGGCCGUCUUGACGGCGUGCAGAACGUUUGUGGAUAUCGACGGGAAAGAGAAGAUAGCUUUCGCAGAAGCGUCGCGAAAGGUAACGGAAGAAUUUGAGGCAAGGCAAGCGGAGGCGGCUGCAAAAGAGCAGGCAGCACGAGUGGCAAAAGCGAGGCACAAUAUGGAGGGCGGGGAAGAACUAGAUGCAGUUUACGACAAACGGCCGGCGCUUGCGAAGUUUUUCCGCCCGUACUACGGGGAAGUUGGGACGUCAAAAGCGGAGCCCGCCGUAGCUUAGCAGCAGUAGAUCAAAAGUGCAAAGUAUCUUUGGCCUGAGGUAGCCAAACACGUACAUAUUCACCCUAAGAGACAAGAUUCAUGGCUCGUCAUGAUUCGACGGUGUUACCGUCCUAUGCAACCAGCGCAAGCCGAAGGAUUGCCUAUCUUCUUGCUUAUGUAAACGUGCACGCAGAACUUAUACACGAGCAAAUUGACUGCAACGG